ACUUGAAUUCUCCUAGAGCCUGAGUAUUGGAGACAAACAUUAAUACUAACCUUGCAGAACGAUGACAACCCCUUACACGCCGACAUCGUUCAUCCAGAUGACUCAUAGCACUCCAGCAACGCCGACGCCAGCGCCAGCACCAACCCGCGGUCGUGGAACAGGUGCCAAACGCGGACGCCAAGCCUCGCGGUGCACAAUCCGCGGCCUAGCAACCCCUACACCUGCAAUGCGAUUCACCCGGCCCAAUGGGCCACUCCGGAGUCCCUGCAAGUGCCACUGCCACCGGCUCGACAUCUACUGUGACUGUCCCUGCUGGGUCGAUGGGGAUGAUGAACCUAUGGCGACGCAGCCCCCGCCUGUUACUGCUGCCACUUCUUCGACAGAUGCGAUAACUCCACAGCCUGCGACCGCUGCGCGUCCCGCGGGUGCCCCAGACGAGGAUGCAGAGGGUGAAGACGAGCUUUUGCCUGCAAUGGCGGAUGAUGACUACUCUGCACAGUUGUCAUGGCAGAGUGAGAGUAAAGAUAAUCUGAAGGUUCUUAUGGACAAUUUCAGUCCGGGACAGUACGAACGCUUUGAAGCCUAUCGACGUCACGCGCUACCGAAGCAGGCUAUACGGAAGGUCAUACAGCAAACGACGGGACAGCAGGUCUCUCAGCCCGGUGUUGCAAAAGUCUUUGUUGGCGAGAUCGUAGAAAAAGCUCGCCAUGUCCAAUCAAAGCGCAACGAUACCGGCCCCCUUACACCAGACCACCUUCGUGAAGCGUAUCGAAUGUAUCAGGCAGAGACCGGUCGUGUGGGGAGUGCACGGCCAACGCGAGGGAAGCGGCUGUUUGUCAGGUAGCGCGUGAUGAUCAGACUUGCGGUACCAUUAUAUCAUGAAGUGGCAACCUGGACAUGAAUUAGCACCGGGGGGCCACUUGUUAGCGUUCGAUAGCAAGAUAGAAGUAUAUGGACAUGAUGGUGCAGGGCGUUAAAGUGAUCUGAUGGGCCUGUACAAGCGCUAUGAUAUUAGGUCAUGAUUUUGCCAAAAAGCCAUACAUGUUGCUUGCAGUCCACAAGUGCAAUCUCUGAUGCCAAUGAUUAGCUG